AUGAUGUUCUCACGGUCAGUAUUCAAAAGUGCCCAUAUAACUCGUGCAGCACGUUUUCGCGUCGCACGUUGUUUCUCGACUUACAAUACAGCAGUCGCCAACCUGUCCCCUGAGCAGGAGGAGCUUCGUGAAGCCGUGCAUGGGUUCGUACAAGCUGAACUUGCUCCUCGCGCUGCAGCAAUCGAUAAAGCCAAUGAGUUUCCUAUGGAUAUGUGGAAGAAGCUUGGACAAAUGGGACUAUUAGGCGUAACAGCUCCUCCUGAAUACGGUGGAUUGGGGCUUGGAUACCUUGAACACACUUUUGUUAUGGAGGAAGUUUCUCGUGCCAGUGGCUCGGUGGCCCUUAGCUAUGGUGCACACUCGAAUCUCUGCGUCAACCAGUUGGUCAGAAAUGGUAAUAAAGAGCAGAAAGAACGCUAUCUGCCAAAGUUGAUCUCUGGUGAUCAUGUGGGUGCAUUGGCCAUGUCAGAGCCAGGUUCGGGCUCGGAUGUCGUUAGCAUGCGGCUAAGAGCAGAGCGCAAAGGAGACCAUUAUGUACUGAAUGGCAACAAAAUGUGGAUUACGAAUGGACCCGAUGCGGACGUCCUGAUUGUAUAUGCCAAGACCAACCCGGAAGCAGGUGCUCAUGGCAUCACAGCUUUCCUUGUGGAAAAGGGAUUUGAAGGCUUUUCAACUGCUCAAAAGCUUGACAAACUCGGCAUGCGUGGCUCCAAUACAUGCGAACUGAUCUUUGAAAACUGCAAAAUCCCAGUCGAGAAUGUGCUUGGGCAAGAAAACAAGGGAGUCUAUGUUUUGAUGAGUGGACUCGAUCUUGAGCGUUUAGUCCUUUCUGGUGGACCACUAGGUCUUAUGCAGGCGGCUUUGGAUGUGGCAGUUCCAUACGUUCAUGAAAGACAUCAAUUUGGCAUGCCUAUUGGUGAAUUCCAGCUGAUUCAAGGUAAACUUGCUGACAUGUACACCAAGCUGAAUGCAUCGCGUGCAUAUGUGUAUGCUGUGGGUAAGGCAUGUGACCAAGGGAAGAUCAGCAACAAGGAUUGUGCUGGAGCCAUUCUUUAUUCUGCCGAGCGUGCUACAGAAGUCGCUCUUGACGCUAUUCAGUGCUUGGGAGGCAAUGGUUACACCAAUGAAUACCCAACUGGGCGGAUCCUGCGUGAUGCGAAGUUAUACGAAAUCGGUGCAGGCACCAGCGAGAUUCGACGCAUGUUGAUCGGUCGUGAAUUCAACAAGAUGUUUAGAAAGUAA